UAAACAGCUAUUUACACAAACCACCAUGGCGAGGAUCAGCGCUCUCUAAACAUCUGCAGGUUAAAUCGCAGUGGCAUGGGACUACUGUCCGAAUAUAAUCCUAGUAUAUUCAUCGGUAGCUUCUCGCCUGUCCCCAUUUCGCAGGACUAAUUGUUGAUCGACACAGAUCGACACCGCCUCGGAGGAAGCAGACCACCACACACCGGGACAAACCACCGUUUGCAUUUCUUGCCACGCUUGAAGUAAAUUGGAAGCGAAGAUUGAGUUCAUCCAGGUUGAACUAGGAGCCCCCCGAGGGGAAUAUGUUAUCCGGGAGAGCAGUCUCAGGCGAUGGGAGGAUUGAAAUGAACAGUGUCACAGGGACUGUGUCCAGACUCCUAAUAGCCCUGUCGCCAUCCUCCAGUAACAACUCGAACGCCUGGAUUUAGAAAACCAGCCUUGCGCCUCAGAGAAGCAGAUAUGCCAAUACAGGCUGGCUAUAUGAUGGCUAUAUCUUUAUAAAACACAAAAUCAGUCCUUUCCGUAUAGGCAGUCAGACUACAAAAACACGCAGGCCUGUAUUCACCAACAGAAGCCUAUUAAAUUAAAUUCGAGUGUUUAGAUACGUUCAACCUAACUUGCACCAUGCAUUGAGUCAACGUAUGAUCUCUAAUAAGAAAGAGCUAAAUUCUCCUUGUUAUACCUGAGCUUAACAAAUCGCAACGCAAAAUUAUUUCAGUAAAUACGCUGUCCAGGCCCAGUUGGAGCGGAGGCAUCGGUGUGUACAGUGUAGGCCUCCGUUACAUAACGUUCUUUAACGUCUGCACGUCAAACACCGUCCCGCUGUUGACAUUGUUGCACCAAAAGAAUGCUGGGGGUUCUUCUCUUUCCUCUUAUAUACUCUACACCUGCAUCCACGGAGGAGGACGAUUUAUCCUAUCUGGGGGGGGAUGGGCUAUCCUCUCUCCUGAUUGGCUCCCGGGUGGAGCUUCUGCCAGCGGUGACGUCACGCCCCGCCGCCCCGCCACCGCAGCGCUGAAUGAACCGAGCAGAGCGCCCGGUCCACUCCAAAUCAGCACGGAGAAACCCCCGCACGCACGCACGCAGAGCGCGAGGCGAACAUCCUCCACCAUCACGGGGAAGAACGGAGAGAUAAUAUCGCAGAGCGGGACUUAAAAAGAGGACAGCCCGGAGGAGACGUACACGUUCAGACACGGGCCUUCCCUAUCGUCCCCCCCCCCCAUCUCGUGCGUCAUCCUACUUUUUUUCUUCUUCUUCCUUACCAAAAACCAGGACGGGAGCGCGCGCCCUCCGUCCCGUCGCGCGGUGUCUAUGUGUGUGUUUAUCUCCCGGUUUGGAGGAUCACGAUGAUGCAGAGUGCGACGGUGCUGCAGACAGAGAGUCCCGUGAAGGGUUUACCGGAGAUUCUUGGCGUGCAAAUGCAACAGAUCCCUCAGUGCGCUGGGUGCAGCCAGCACAUCCUGGACAAGUUCAUCCUCAAGGUGCUGGACAGACACUGGCACUCCAAGUGCCUCAAGUGUGCCGACUGUCAGACACCACUGGCGGACAAGUGCUUCUCGCGGGCGGGAAACGUCUACUGCAAAGAUGACUUCUUCAAGCGUUUCGGAACAAAGUGUGCGUCGUGCCAACAGGGGAUCCCUCCGACGCAGGUGGUGCGGAAGGCCCAGGACUUUGUGUACCACCUGCACUGCUUCGCCUGCGUGAUGUGCAGCCGGCAGCUGGCCACCGGGGACGAGUUCUACCUGAUGGAGGACGGGAGGCUGGUCUGCAAGGAGGACUACGAGACCGCCAAGCAGAACGAUGAUUCCGAGGCGGGAGCGAAGCGACCCCGGACAACUAUCACGGCCAAGCAGCUGGAGACGCUGAAGAGCGCCUACAAGACGUCGCCCAAGCCCGCCAGACACGUCCGGGAGCAGCUGUCCUCGGAGACCGGCCUGGACAUGAGAGUGGUGCAGGUGUGGUUUCAGAACCGGCGGGCGAAGGAGAAGCGACUGAAGAAGGACGCCGGGCGGCACCGCUGGGGCCAGUUCUACAAGAGCGUCAAGCGCAACCGGGGCGGCACCAAGGUGGAGAAGGAGAGCUCGGCGGACGACGCGGGGCUCAGCGACAGCGAGCUCAGCUUCAGAGACGACCAGAUCCUGUCCGACCUGGGCCACACCAACGGGCUGUACGGCAGCGUGGGCGACGUGGCCAACGGCGGCAUGCUGAACGGCAGCUUCUCGCUCGACGGCGGCGGCGGCGGCGGCGGCGGCCAGGGGUACCACGACAUCCGGGCCGGCAGCCCGUACGGCCUGCCCCAGUCGCCCUCAUCCAUCACCUCCCUGCCCGGCCACACCCCGCUGCUGAACAACCUGGCCUUCAGCAUGGAUAGUCUGGUGGCCCAGGGGGGGCAAGGCGGGGUGGGGCAGGCCCUGAGAGCCAUGGGCGGGGGGCCCACCUCAGACCUGUCCACGGGCAGCAGUACGGGCUACCCGGACUUCCCCACCAGCCCGGCGUCCUGGCUGGACGAGAUGGACCAUUCGCAGUUCUGAGGACUCGGGCGUGAGGACAGCGGAGAUUAAGCGGGGUGCAGGACAGCGGGCCGGCCACCAGGGGGAGGCCAGGACAGAGAACCCUAGCCGAGGGUGCUUUUUACCUUUCUAUCGCUCUCCCAGAACCCCCGGUACGUUUGGUCUGCGGGAACGCCGGGCGCAGGGGCAGAGGAAGACGGAGCUCUUCCACUUUUUAUAAUCGAGGGGCGGAACUUCACGGUGGGGGAGGGGGCGUGGGUUCCCCUCGACCCCCCCUCCACAGAAUGACGAAGCGGGGCCGAAUGUUUUGAGCUGUACGAUGUAUCUGACAACCUUGGUUUGAUUUCCCCCCCCCUUACCGGACUUUGCGUUCUGUUUGUUGUACCCUCCGAGAAUGAGGCUCUGGGUUGACAGGGUCUUCCGCCCCCCAGUGCUCACGGUGAUUGUAGUGUAUUGUUGUCUCAACCACAAAUGACUGAUACAGGCCAUGUCAAUCCUAUCUAUCAGAAACUAUGU